AUGCAUCACGAGAUGGACGUGGUAUACGCAUGUCGGCGGCACGGCGUGUCAGCACAUAUACUUCGUCUAAUUGCACCCCCGCGGAGUGAUGGAUGGACCGAGCGUCCCCCCGCCGCCCCGCACCCCCACGCGGUGAACCCCACUAGCACAAGGGUUGUUCCCAGAAAUUCCAUUAUCGUUCGCCUCGUUUCAUUUGACAAUACACCGACUGUUAACAUUCGUGCAGAAGGUUUUUGGAAUUCCAGAACAAAUACACUCAAAUUA